UAUUUUUAAUCUUUCAUUUGUUAAAUUUUUAAACUGUGCUUCAAUAAAAUGUGUGUGGUACUACUUAACACCUAUGAAGGUGAUGGCAUUUUCCCAGAAAGCCAUCUUCCUCCUGUUUCCCUUGAAAUCCCAUCCUGAUUUUCCUGUACACUACCCCUUCACAAACCACAAGCUGCAGCAACAUGGAUGCCCAGCCUGGAGCAGCAGCAGCCAGGAUGACCUGUAGCCAGGGGGGCCUUCGGAACAGAUGCACACCCUUCCUGGGUGAUGUUUCAGCUUUGUGAGGAAGCUUAUCAUCAAAGACAAUGGCCAGCAAUGUUACCAACAAGACAGAUCCUCGCUUCAUGAACUCCCGUGUAUUCAUUGGGAAUCUCAACACUCUUGUGGUCAAAAAAUCUGAUGUGCAGGCUAUCUUCUCAAAAUAUGGCAAAAUUGUGGGUUGCUCCGUUCAUGAGGGCUUUGCCUUUGUUCAAUAUGUUAAUGAGAGAAAUGCCCAGGUGGCCGGAGAGGAUGGCAGAAUGAUUGCUGGACAGGUUUUAGAUAUUAAUCUAGCUGCAGAGCCAAAAGUGAACCGAGGAAAAGCAGGUAUGAAACGAUCUGCAGCGGAGAUGUACGGCUCCUCUUUUGACUUGGACUAUGACUUUCAGCGGGAUUAUUAUGACAGGAUGUACAGUUACCCAGCACGUGUUCCUCCUCCUCCUCCUAUUGCUCGGGCUGUAGUGCCCUCGAAAUGACAGUGUGUAUCAGGAAACACCUCACAAAGGGGCAAAAGUGGCUUCAAUUCUAAGAGUGGACAGCGAAGAUCUUCUUCCAAGUCUGGAAGAUUGAAAGGACAUGAUCUUCAGGCCAUUAAGAAGGAAUUGACCCAGAUAAAACAAAAAGUGGAUUCUCUACUGGAAAGCCUGGAAAAAAUGGAAAAGGAACAGAGCAAACAAGGAGUAGAGAUGAAGAAUGAUAAGUCAGAAGAGGAGCAGAGCAGCAGCUCCCUGAAGAAAGAUGAGACUAAUGUGAAGAUGGAGUCUGAGGGGGGUGCAGAUGACUCUGCUGAGGAGGGGGACCUACUGGAUGAUUAUGAUAAUGAAGAUUGGGGGGAUGAUCAGCUGGAGUUGAUCAAGGAUGGUGAAAAAGAGGCUGAGGAAGGAGAGGAUGACAGAGACAGCACCAAUGGCGAGGAUGACUCUUAAGCACAUAGUGGGGUUUAGAAAUCUUGUCCCAUUAUUUCUUUACCUAGGCGCUUGUCUAAGAUCAAAAUUUUCACCAGAUCCUCUCCCCUAGUAUCUUAAACACAUGCUCACUGUUCUCCCCAUCCUUGUUCCUCCCAUGUUCAUUAAUUCAUAUUGCCCUGUGCCUAGUCCCAUUUUCACUUCCUUUGAUGCUCCUAGUAGUUAAGUCUUACCCUGUAAUUUUUGCUUUUAAUUUUGAUACCUCUUUAUGACUUAACAAUAAAAAGGAUGUAUGGUUUUUAUCAACUGUCUCCAAAAUAAUCUCUUGUUAUGCAGGGAGUACAGUUCUUUUCAUUCACGUAUGAGUUCAGUAGUUGCUUCCCUACCUGCAAAGGCAAUCUCAUUGGUUGAGUAGCACCUUGAGAGCAGCUUUGAGUUAGAGGUGUAUGUGUUAACCUCAUGUAUGUAGCAUACAUGGGGCUCUUCAACACAAAUGUAACGAUGUAUUUUUGUGGAUGAGAGUUGGCAUGUCAAAUGCAUCCUCUAGGAAAAUAAUUAGUGUAAUAGUCUUAAGAUUUGUUUUCUAAAGUUGAUACUGUGGGUUAUUUUUGUGAACAGCCUGAUGUUUGGGACCCUUUUUCUCACAAUAA